AUGGAAAUGUUGGAAGAACAACGACAUAAACCUAAAAUUGCCCCAAAACGAAUAAAGCUUCAAGAAAUUAUAGCGAAGGGGGAAGAGGAUCGAAUCAGUACAUUGACAGAUUGCUUGCUUCUUGAAAUCCUGUCUCGUUUACCCUCCACAAGAUACGCCAUUAGAACAGGUACACUCUCCAAGCGAUGGAAACAUCUUUGGAAAUCGAUACCUACUCUCAUUUUUAAACAUUCAGAUAUUCCUCUAAAUCAAUGUCGCCAAAACCCUAACUCAAGGUCCGAUUUUGUUUCAUUGGUGGACAAAACCCUAAGUCAAUGUUGCCAAUUGAAGCUCAAGAAAUUCGUAGUGUGUACCAGUUAUGAUACUCAAUUUGGAUUGCAAGUCCAAAAUUGGCUUCAUUAUGCUAUAACUUGUGAUGUUGAAGAGCUUAAAUUGAAGUUUUGGUAUAGGGGAUUGGAAGCUGUGUUUCUGUUGGAUCAGUCUUUUUUCUUCAAUUCAUAUUUUACUGAUCUGGCAUUAGAAGGUUGCAAACUGAAUCCAACUAGGGCUAUUAGUUGGAAAAAUCUUAGGAAUUUGUGUAUUUCCUAUGGGAAAUUAGAUGAAGUUUUGAUUGAAAACAUAUUAUCAGGGAGCCCUCUAUUGGAAACUUUGGUGUUGAAAUAUUGCUAUGGUUAUAGGCGACUCGAUAUUACUUCAAAGAGUGUUAAGAAUUUGGUGUUCUUUGGAUACACUGAUAUUUUUGAUGUAUUUGAUGAUGUCGAUAUUAUCGAAAUCAAUGUUUGUAGGAGUGAGAGUGGCUGUGAAUGUGAGAGUGAGAGUGAGAGUGAGAGUGAGAGUGAGAGUGAGAGUGAGAGUGAGAGUGAUACUGAUGGAAAUUGA